AAACCCUUAGGUAGAGGGGCUUCCGACCGACGUUCCACCGCGUUAUUGGUGGAUGCUUGUGACUUGAUGGGCGGAACAGCUGGGGACCAACCUACUGUUUCUGGAUGUCAACGCAAUGCCGUUUUGCACUCUGUUUAUUAGUCGGUUUUGUGCUACUGGUGCGUGUUUAGUACCUUAAAUUGUUUUUAUUUGUUUGGGUUUGUAGAAAAUUCGUUGGGUUCAUCAUAUUAUAUAUCCUCUCGACGUUUAGUGUGCAAAUAGAACAUAGUGAACACAAAGGUUUACACAAGGAUUAACAAAUAUUCUGUUCGAUCCCAGGAUCCGGUGAUGGUGGCCGACUAACUACUAACGCGUUUUCAACGAAUGGACCAAAGUUCAGACAUGUUACUAGAACAGCACCAUCAACAUCAUCACCAUCAAGAACAUCUCGGCGGUCUUCAUGACGACCACUCGGGCCAUCAUCAACACCACCAACAGCAGUACGGCGAAGUCAAUCAAUUGGGCGGUGUGUUCGUCAAUGGUCGACCGCUGCCCAAUGCUGUCCGAGUUCGCAUAGUCGAACUAGCCCGAGUGGGCAUUAGGCCAUGCGACAUCAGUCGGCAGUUGCGAGUGUCUCAUGGCUGUGUAUCAAAGAUAUUGGCUAGGUAUCACGAAACUGGAUCAGUAUUACCAGGCGCUAUUGGCGGAAGCAAGCCUCGUGUCACAACGCCACGCGUGGUGGCCUACAUCAGACAGCUGAAACGAAAAGAUCCAGGCGUGUUCGCUUGGGAGAUUCGUGACCGUCUCUUAUCCGAUGGAGUUUGCGAUAAGUUCAACGUGCCGUCCGUUUCGUCUAUUAGCCGUAUCCUCCGAAACAAGAUCGGUUCUUCUCCUAGCGGGGGUAGUGUUAGCGGCGGCGUGCCCAUUAGCUCGCCGUCUCCACUUUCGACACUUUUAACUCAUCAACAGCCUUCAUAUGGCCAACAUCAAGGAGCACACCACGCUUACGGGACACCGUCAUCAGCGGCAGCAGCAGCUGCUGCUGCGGCAGCGGCCGCCGCCGCAUAUUAUCACAGCGGUCAACAACAAUCACAACACUGUUCUCCGCAAUUGUCUCCUACCGUGACCGGAACUACAACCACUUUGCUACCCGGUUCUUGUUGCACGUCCUCUUCGCCACAUCCGCCAGUUUCUUCGUCAUCCCCAGUUUCGUUAAAAGCGCAACCUCAACAACAGUACCACAAUCACCACCACCAACAGCAUUGUUGGCCUAGUCCGCACACCGUGUCCGAUAUACUAGCCGCUCAACAGCAUCACCACCAUUACGGGGACGCCGCCACAGCUGCAGCUGCGGCUGCGGCGGCCGCAGCAGCAGCCAACUACAGUUCAUACAAUACAUACUGCAGUAACUAUUAUCAUAUGUACAUAGGUGCGGCUGCCGCCGCGGGUCACCAUCACUUAAACACGCAGGCCAGUCCUACAUCGUCUCCUCCAUCGUCCGCAUGUCACCAGUUGUCCGCUGUGGUCGGAUCGUGGCCACCUCCUCCUCCAACGGGACAAUAGUGAUUAGUAUUUUUUUAGUUUGUUACGUUGUAUUUCAAUUGAGCGCAAAAUUUGUGUUUUAUUCAUUUUUAUUUUUAUUAUUUGUCAAAUAGUAAUUUUUUGUACAUUAGACUUGGACUUUCACUGAAUGAUAAAUAUUAUUUGUCGUAUUAUUACUGUAACUUAAUGAUUCUCAGUUGUAUAUAUCUAGUAGAACUAGUGUGUGUGUUUUUUUUUUUUGUCAUCCAGAGAAUAAAUGAAUUUUACAGAUUUAGUAAUUUUCUCUCUAAAACGAUUUAUGACGACGACGACCGGCCGGCGACCUCAAAACCAAAACAUUGCCACUGAGUGUCAAUAAUUAUUCUUAUUCUUAUGUUCUACAUGCAAUAAAAAUAAUAAUAAUACCAAUAUAUUA